AUGUUAAUUCGUUAUGGACGUUCAAAUCCAACAACAAAUUCUAAUAAUGACGUCAAAAAAUUCAAUUUAUUAAUUUCACGUUCUGGAGCUCAUGGCUGUAUUCCACAAAAAUAUUCUCCUUGGAUUAAAAUUGUUGAUCAUUAUGAAAGUGAUGCAAGUGGAAGUGGUGGGGGUGGUGGGCCUUUGGGUAUUGGAAAUUUAACUCCAGGAAUGUUGGUUGCGCGUAUUUUGCAUCUUCCACACGCUCUUAUAAGAGAACUUCACCCGGUUUAAAACAAGAUUUUUUAUUUAAAAGAAAAAAAAGAAGCUUUCUCUCUCU